CUGCUGGUUGCCAAGUGAUGCACUUUGUGCUUCCAUCCACUUCUGUUCCAAGUAUAUGUUGCCCUUUCAACUAGGCCUGCGCCCCACAAAAAAUCACUAUAGCAACACAGAAGGCCUGCACUAUGCUACUACGCAUGCCACAUUUUCACAAAGAGAGGGGAUGAGUAUGCCAUGUUCCCUCAGAAUGGCAAUGCAAUGAUGAGGAAAUAUGUGCUCUGAUUCAUUUUUGCCUGCCGUUCUUAAACAGAGAACUCCUCCACCUGUUGUGGGGUGGGGUGGGGGGAAGAGGAGAGAAAUAAAACAGACCCUUCACAUCACUGGUAAUUCUCCUCACAAAACAAUGGCUUGUAAACAUUUUUCAGAAGAACUAUUAGUCCCACUGUGGAGAGCUUCAGGGCCAAAGUACUCAUUAGAAUAAUUACAUUUUUGAAGCGACGUGCUUAGGACUUGCCAUGCAUCUUUCUUAACAAAAAAGCGCAGCCAUAUGGAUGGAGAGGAAGAGUGGAAUAUGUGCACAAAGCAGUUGUGUGUUUUUUUAAAGGUGUUUCCAUGCAAUAGUUUCUCACAAUGUCCCUCUGCAACAAAAUAGUUUCUCACAGUGUCCCCUGCAACAAAAUGUCAUCAAAAGGCCAGCCCAUGCUUUUUUAACAUUUCAUCUGGAUUUCACUUUACUAUGGGAACUCUAAUCCUCCCUCCCUGCAAAGGUGUUACCAGAUUGCAUCUUUACAUUACCCUUCUCUUUCCCAUCAGGAAAGUGACCAUCCUUGUCCUUGGCCUAGACAGUGCAGGAAAAAGUUCCCUCGUGAAAGAAAUCCAGAGAGGUGAGUCAGCUAAGCUUUCCAGCUCUUCCACUUCAGAACCUGAACUCAGUGCCUAGUAGAGCUGACAGGAGUGUCUCUAAAGGCUCAUCCACACUUAACCUUUGCUCUGAGUUUAUAGGUCCAUGCUUUCCAGGUCUGUGUCUGAGUAUUCUGUUCCGUUCUGGUGCUUUCCCAAGGAAAACUCAUGUUUUACCACCGAAUCAGAGCAAGCAGCAAUCCAUUUGCUCUGAUUCAGCAGUAAAACAUACUGGGACAUAGACCUGGGAGGCCCAGACUUGUGCCUAGAAAUGCGGCGCAAAAGGAAGUGUAAAUGAGUCCUCAGCCUGUGCUGAAGGCCUUUCUUUCAUAUAACAUUCCUCAGCCAGUCUUACAUAGUUUAGUUCUAGGAGACUGGCUGUCAGGUAGACCUGAGUCUCAGCAUCAACCUAUAUCCCUUGUUGCUGAUUUCAGCUGCCUAUGAGCCCAGUACGCACUGGCUGACCUGACACAUUACAGUGGUGCCUCGCAAGACGAAAUUAAUUCAUUCCGCGAGUUUUUUCGUUUUGCGGUUUUUUUCGUCUUGCGAAGCACGGUGUCGGAAAAGCUUUGGAAAAGCUUCAAAAAUCACCAAAGUCUUCAAAAACCUCAAAAAAGGCUACCACACCGCAUGCUAUGAGUUGCUCCUCGAAGUCAAGUCGCAACUGUAUUAACGGUUUUAAGAAAAAGGAAACAAACUUGCAAGACGUUUCCAUCUUGUGAAGCAAGCCCAUAGGGAAAAUCGUCUUGCGAAGCAACUCAAAAAACCAAAAACCCUUUCGUUUUGCGAGUUUUCCGUCUUGCGAGGCAUUCAUCUUGCGAGGUACCACUGUACUCUGUACAACCGUCACUUAAAUAGUAAAGCUCUAUAAUUCCCCUAAUUCCCAAUGUUUGGGCUGUGAGUACCAUUGCUCAAACUGCCAAAAUGGCAAUACCUAUGGCCAAGAGAGUAGUAUCAGUAGGCUUGGGGAAACCCCAAGGUUUGCAGAAGAACAGAAAACUGGGAGACUACCAAAACAAUAUAAUAAGGACUUGGGAUGCAUACAUACCAUACAUUUAAAGAACACAAACAAACACACCAAAAAUAUUGGGACCUGUGGUUAAUCCCUCACAAAGGUACAAUUUCCAGCAAACUACAGUUCCUAGUAUUGUUUGGGGGAAUAAAUGUGCUUUAAAUGCAUGGAUGCAUACACAGCCUGAGUGUAUGCUGACUGUCAAGGGAAUAUAAUGGGAAACAGAGCUUGAGUGGGCAAAUACAAUGGUGUAUCCUAGAGGAAGGACCUGAACAGUAAUGCUUCACUGUGCAACAUUUUAUAUCAGGCCCUCCUUGCAAUUUCCUAUAAUUUUUCUGGAAAUUAGAGGAAAGCUCCUGUGGUGUAUGAUCUUACCUGUAUUUUUACUUGAGACUGAUGCCCGUUCUUGUUGUUGUUGUUGUUUCAUUUGCUCUUGCUACUUUUGUUUGCAGUCCUCUCCUGUGAAGUGCUUCCCAUCACAAAGCCGAACCAGACAGCGCUCAGGGUGGACAGGUUUGAGGUGUCCCUCAUUGACCUGCCUGGUGGACAGCAGUCCUUGGGAACCUGGAGGGACCAAUACAGCACUGCACAUGGGAUUAUCUUUGUGCUUGACUCCAGCGAUGUGGCAAGGAUGGAAGAGGCCAAGAAGACUCUCUCCCGUGUUCUGGGGCACCCCAAAGUUUCAGGAAAGCCUCUGUUACUGUGAGAUACUGAUUCUUCUAGCAUCUUCCUUCCUUCCUUUGUACCCUGUGGUGAAUGAAUGGGUGUAAAAGAGGGGUGGAGAUUCCUCUCUCCUCUCCUCUCUCCCCUCCCCUGUUUUAUUAGACCCACUAGGAUUCCUCUUUGGGACAUGGGUGGCGCUGUGGGUUAAACCACAGAGCCUAGGACUUGCCGAUCAGAAGGUCGGCGGUUCUAAUCCCCCACGAUGGGGUGAGCUCCCGUUGCUCUGUCCCUGCUCCUGCCAACCUAGCAGUUCAAAAGCACAUCAAAGUGCAAGUAGAUAAAUAGGUACCACUCCAGCGGGAAGGUAAAUGGCAUUUCCGUGUGCUGCUCUGGUUCGCCAGAACUGGCUUAGUCAUGCUGGCCACAUGACCCGGAAGUUGUACGCCGGCUCCCUCGGCCAAUAAAGCGAGAUGAGCUCCGCAACCCCAGAGUCAGUCACGACUGGACCUAAUGGUCAGGGGUCCCUUUAACUUUACCUAGGAUUCCUCUUUAGGCCCAUGAGGCCAUUUCAGCCAAGCUACAUCCACCUGCCAUACACUUGACUUUAUAUAUGACAUCAGAUGCUGGGCAUGUUAGAUCCACUGACAUGAAAGAGAGGUUGCAGGCAGAACUGAUCCGAGGCAACUACAAAGUGCCACAGAGAGCAGUAAAGGGAGUGGUUUUAUACCUUCCAAGUCCUGAUCAGAUCCACAAGGCAGUUUACAGGGGAAACGAUGUAUCUUCAAGCCAUCUCAAUCAGGUUACACUCAGCCCACUUCUGUGAUCAGUGAAAAGUUCCAGGGGCCAGGUUUUAGUUCCCUUUGGAAGGAGGCCACUGGAGGCUCAUUGGUGUUUUGUCAUAUCUGUGUUUAUCUACAAACACACACAGAGAGAGCAUAGUUGGAGGUGCAGGUUAAAUGCUCCAAAAGACAGCCAAAGCCCAUGACUCCCGUGGUAGGUCUUACGGGAAACAGGUGCUGCUCCCUACAGCCAAAUACUGUUACCUUAAAGAGUUCUGGAGCUCCUCCAGAUAUUUACUGACCAUUCAUCCUGGUUUGCUUGCCCAAAGCUAUUGUGGAGGCUGUACAGCGUCCACUCUUUAUUGAGCAUCAACUCUAAUUUGUUUGAUGAGGCAGUAAUACAACAAAUAGCAUUCAUCCUGAUUUGGUUGUGGGAUGUUUAUAUGUCUUCUUCCCAUUAAUAAUUUGUUUAUCCCACACCUUUCAGUGCCUUCCCCCAUCACUUUCCUGACUAAAAAUGUCAUCCCUUUCCUUCCUUCCUUCCUUCCUUCCUUUCCUUUCCUUUCCUUUCCUUUUUUUAAAAAAUGGAUUUAUUAUACUACAGCAGCAGAGUGCUUUAAUCUACUUUAAUUGUGCAGACCUAAUUUGCUACUAUGUGCUUUAAUCCUUCCCACAAAAUAAUGACAGUCUGGAGCAGGGGUCAGCAAACUUUUCCAGCAGGGGGCCGCUCCACUGUCCCUCAGACCUUUGGGGGGGCUGGAUUAUAUUUGGGGGAGUGAAUGAAUUCCUAUGCCCCACGAAUAACCCAGAGAUGCAUUUUAAAUAAAAGCACACAUUCUACUCAUGUAAAAACACGCUGAUUCCUGGACCAUCGUGGGCCAGAUUUAGAAGGCGAUUGAGCCGGAUCCGGCCCCCGGGCCUUAGUUUGCCUACCCAUGGUCUGGAAGCAGGGAUAGACAAUUUAGCACUUCCCUGGCCCUUUUCCUAACUAGAAGGGGUAAAUCAGGAUGAGUUAUCUCCUCUGACGAUCACUUCAUCUUUUGGGGCCCUCUUAGCACCCAUGGAAUAACACUGGCAGAAUAUCAGAGCUAUUAGUAGUCUUUUAUCAAGCCUAAAGUCACAUCAACACCAUACAUUUAAAGCACAUAGCUCUCCCCCCCCCCCAAAAAAAACCCCACCAAUCCUGGGAACUGUAGUUUGUUAAGUGUGCUGGGCAUGGUAGCUCAGUGAGGGGUAAACUUCAGUUCCCAGAAUUCCUUUGAGGAAGUCAUGUGCUUUAAAUGUGUGUUAAAUGUGCUUUAAGCGUGUGGAUCUGCCCAUUCAAGACUGCAUAGUAGACCUGGUGCCCUCCAGAUGUUGUUGGACUUCGGGUUAGAGAAUAAAUUUGAUUCAGCACACAUUUAAAGCUUUAAAGCUCAGUCUAUCAAGUCUGCACUUUCUAAAACAAUAUGUGAACCAAAACACAGCAAUUAUUCGUAAUCCAUUCUUACCCAAAUUUUGUGAUGCAGUUCUCCAAACAAACAAUGUUUACAAAAAUGCAUAUAUAAGGGGAAAGCGUGCAUAAAAAUGGAGAUAUUGUGGGGAGGGGGAGCAUACAAAAUAGAGUUAUAUUAUUAGGAUAAAUUUGCACUAAAAUGCUGAUGGAUGUAAGAUUGGAAAAAGGAGAAACUGAGAAGUAGACAGGUCCUUUCACCUUUGUACUACAACUCCCACUAGCCACAGCCAGCAUGGCCAAUAGACAGCAAUUAUGGGACAUGUAGUCUAACAACAUCUGAAUAGCCAAAGGUUCCCUAUUGCUUUUUUAAAUGGUAUAGUUACAACAGUGAGUGUGCUGUUUGCUAAUGGAAUCUUGCCUUUCCAUCUGUUCUGUUUUCAAAAUUCUAUGUGAAUGGUUCAAGGCUGGCAAACAAGCAGGACAAGUUGGAUGCUCUCUUGCCCUGUGAGAUCAUUGAGUGCCUGUCUCUGGAAAAGUUGGUGAAUGAAAACAAGUCGUUGUGUCGAAUUGUAAGUAAAAUGAUACCCUCUUUACACAGGUUGGCUAUUCUUCACAAGGGAUGGAAAGGAAGUCUCCCUUUUGUCCACUCUGCCCUUCAUGAUGAUCAUUUCCAUGGAGUUUAUACAGAUUGUUACUUCCUCUUGCUCAGAUUACGUAUCCCAUUUUAAUUCUUGCCCAGUGGAAUUGAGGCAAUCAGGUCAGAGAGAUCUGAACAGGAAGUCCUUGCGAUCAGAGAUUAUGGGAGUUGUAGUCCCACAACACCUGGAAUAAUGGAGGCUGGUGGCCACUGGGACUGGUAAGACACCAGUCGGCAGACUCAGAAGCCAUGACAGAUGGAGCCAAAUAAUUCUAGGUUUGCCCCCAUCCAGCUCCCUGUGGUUGCACAAAGGCAACCAUGAGACUAAAAAGGGUAGAGAUAACAGCCAGUGACCCCCACCCCCUGCACAGGUUGUAAGAAGGCAAGCAGGUAGGGGCUAACUGAGAGCAAGCGGACACCUCCCCUUGCCUCCUGGGUGGGUUGGCCCUGGAAUUCAGCACUAUUUUAGCAGUAUCUAGCUCACAUAAGGUCUAGUUUGCACCUACCUUCGGGCAGGAGAUACAGAAGUAUAGUCAGCCACACCAACAGGUUAAAGGACAGUUUUUAUUCGUGGGCUGUUGGGCUGCUGAAUGGGAGGGGGAAAUAGUGGUGCAAUUGACUUCCGACAAGCACACAGAGUGCAAACAAGACUGAGUGUAUGUGUGGGGCGGAGGGGGGCUCAUUUAAUUUCACUGCACACAGGUGGUGUAGUGACAAUAAAGGUUUAUUAUUAUUAUUAUUAUUAUUAUUAUUAUUAUUAUUAUGUUAGUUAGUUAACAACUCCUGAUGCAUAGAAAAUACAUUGAUGGUUGUUUGGCAUAAAGUGGCUUCUUGCAGCAAGCCGUUUCAUCCACAUCAAUUUCCCUUGUCAUGUAGCAGGUUUUGCAUUGCACCAGGAGAUGUCUCCCCUUUGCUUGCUGGUCUCAACAUGUCACCAGAGAGGGCCUGCCAGAGUUUCUUGUAACAGACCUCCCAUAGGUAUUAUGGUUAUGUUGUUGGCAUCCAUCUGCCAACUCACAGACUCCUCCACUUUCUUUGCCUUGAAUGGGGCAGCUGGGUUUUCAGACUGGCUGUCCUCUACCUUCAUCUUACAGGAACCAUGUUCAGCUUCCAAAAGGCUUCCCAAAAUGCAAUGCUGGACCAUCGUUCAAGGGCUACAUUGGCUAUUGCGUACAAUCGCCACCAACUACAGUGUACUUUGUGGUCGCAUCCAGGAAGACAGUCCUGAACAUCAAGUAUCACUAGAGCAGGAGGUAUCCAAGAAAGUACAGAAAUCCAGGAACAGGACAUCAGAAGCCAGGUUCCUCCUUCUUCCUGCAAGCCUAUGCUGUGUGUAAUGCCUACUCUUAAGAUCUUAGAGGGGGUUGGACCAUAGCUCAGUGCUGGAGCAUCUUGCUUUACAGAAGGUCUUGCAGAAGGUCCUAGGUUCAAUCCCCAUCAUUUCUAUAUACGGGAGGGGGAAGAUUUCCUUUAUGAAAUCCUGGAGGGCUGCUGGUGGUCAACAGUGACAGUAUGAAGGUAGAUGUGCCAAUGGUUUGACUCAGUACUGUAUAAAGCAGCUUACAUGUUAUGUUCCUAGAAUGCAAAUGGGAGGGGCGCAGAAUGGUGAGAAAAGAAAAGAAAGGUCAAUUUAUAAGAAGAUUGCUUAGUGCAGGGUGGUGAAGAGAGAGAAGGGGAAAGAGCAAGGUGAUGAAAAGCUGAACAGAGAGCAAGUUGGCAAAAGGGGAAAAGACAAGAAGGGAACAAUUAGAGUGGAAACUGAAGCAGGAGUCAUCAACAUGACACCCAAGGUUCCAGUAGGACCCUUGAGGUCUUACCUUGGGGCCAACAAAACCUCUGUGUGUCCCCCACACACUCUGCCUUCUUGGUCAUAAGAUAAAGAGAAUGCUUGCCUUUUUCUUCUUUUAAAAGUGCAUAGAGAUUAAGAAGAAAGUUGACAGAGUGGUGCUCUUUCCCACUUCCUUUUUCAGCUGUAUGUGGUCUUCAAAGCUCAGCUUAAUUCUACUGGAUCUGGUUUUUACCCAGAUUCCUUGGUAAAAUGAAGUGUGUGCAUGUAUGGGGCAUGUGUGCCCACAGACCUAGAAAUGGGACUAGCUGAAAGACCAGAGACAGAAACUACUACCCAAACAGCAGCAAUUACUUGACAUUGACUGAGGCUGAGAAACUGAGGGUGAGAAACAGUGAGGCCACAUCGACACCAUAUAUUUAACACAAAUUUAAAGCACAUCACCUUCUCCUGAAGAAUCCUAGGAACUGUCAUUUGUUAAAGGUGCUGGAAUGUAGUUAUGUAAACUACAACUCCCAGGGUUAUUUGAGGGAACCCAUGUGUUUCUAAAGUGCUUUAAAUACAUAGUAGGGAUUGGACCUGAUUUGCUCAAGAGUCCACCAAUAGAUCUGUAGUUGAAUAGAGACCAAGUUCUCCAAAAACUACAUUUAUUUGUUGUACCACAUAGACAUAGAAGAUGGCAGAGCUGUUUUUAGCACCACUGCUUAGUUUCAAAGUUGAAGGAAUAGAAUAAUAUGUACAUAUGUGUAUCUUUUGAAUAAUUUCUUACAUCUGCCUUUAGGGAGUCAUUGGCCAGAAGAGAGUGCAGCCAAGGAGGAAAUGCCAAGAUGGAGGAAAAGAAACCCACAACACUGCCCCAGAAUAUCCCCUCCCAGGUAACUGGUGAUUCUGCUAUAUUUUGUCUGCCAGGAAUUUUACACUUUUAAAGAUGCAUUGUUUCAUAAAAUUAAUUAGUGGCAUAAUGGGCAGUUUUAGACAUCACGAUAAACCACAGUUAAUUAUUUACCACACAUGAACCAUUUGCACCCAGUUUGUUCCUUGCUAGCACUGGGGAGAAACAGAUCACAAUUCCUGCCUUAGCAUUACAUCUGAGCCAGAAAUCAUGGAUUGUUUCACUCAAACAAACUCAUGAUCAGGAAGUCAAGAACAAUCCAUGUGUGGGCAAUGGGGAUGCAAAAAGGCAUCAUUUUCUGUUCCAUUCCACCUUGCAUUCAUUUCAGCAGCUCAUCUUCCAUCAAAAUUUCCGUUGCUUAUCUCACUGUCCGCCAUGGCAAAACUACAUAAUUUAUGUGAUUUAUGUAAUUAAUUCCAGCACCUUCUUUCCAGGCGGAAACGCCCAGGUUCAAUCCUUAGAAUUUACAAGUUGGCCGGUACAACUUAUAAUUCCUUCCUGAAAGCGUGAAGGGCUGCUGCCAGUCCGUUACUGAGCUAGAUCAACCAAUUGCUGGCUCAGUUAUACAGCUUCCUAUGUUCCUGACAUUUUCUGUGCCACGUUUUCUGAAAGCAUUCCCAGAGACAGGGCUUUUCCUCACACGCACGCACUUUGUUUUCUGCUCAGCAGGAAGAAAUACUAGUGGCCUCCAAGAAAAAGAAAGGGAAAUUAAAGCUGAAGGUGAAGAAGAAAAGUUUGGUGCAGUCGGAGAAUACCUUGACAGAAGAUGACAGUGCGAAAGCAGCAGCAAGUGGGAGCAAAGUGGGAGGUGUCACUGUCCGCCGUCCCAGCAACAAGGUUGCCCAAGAGAACCCCAGAGUUCUGGAAUCAGCUCCACCCCCAGCAGGUAAACAUAGAUUUCUUAGAAACAUGAGAGAAACGCUAGAAGCAUGACGAUGAAGAAGAAGUAGCAGUAUUAUAUUUCCAUCUCACCUUUCCUCCAAAGAGCUUGAGGUGGCAUAGGUAGUGCUCCCCCUCUCCAUCUUAUCCUCACACCAAUCCUGUGAGGUAUGUUAGGGUUGAGAGACAGAAACAGGAUCACUUCAGUGAGCUUCAGGGUUGAGUGAGUCUCUGUAGAACUUCCUCAGAGUGUGCUGUAGGCUGCAAACAACAUCUCGCAGGUAAGGAUCUGCCAUGCUUUCAUCUUGGGGUGGACAGGCCUCCAUCACUCUUGAAUGGAAGUCCACACUGUCCUCAGCGGAGCUGAAGGCAUUGGAGAGCAACAGGAAGAAGAAUAUGCCAAAGAGAGUGGAGGUGAGAACACAGCCCUGAUUCACACCACCUUUUAUAGGGAAGGUGGACAAGGAUGAACCGUCAUGCUGUCACUGGGGGGGGGGACCCUCAUUGCUCCAUCAGAUUGUUCCUCCAAUUUUAGGGCCAGAUCUUCUGUUGCCAUUUGUAGCAUUUGAAUGUCCAUCUGGUUGUUUAGCUCUAGGUUUAGCUCUAGUGCUUUUAUUAGUCCAGUCUGCAAUUUGCCCAGAUAGAUAUUUAAACUUCUGUUUGAAAGCUCUGCCCGAUCUGAGACAGGAGCUUUCCUUAUCUUGCUUAUGUAGUACAGUGGUGCCUCGCAAGACGAAAUUAAUCUGUUCCGCGAGUGUCUUCGUCUAGCGGUUUUUUCGUCUUGCGAAGCAACCCUAUUAGCGGCUUAGCGGAUUAGCGCUAUUAGCGGUUUAGCGGCUAUUAAAGGCUUAGCGGCUUAGCGGAUUAGCUGCUAAAAGGCUAUUAAAGGCUUAGCGGCUUAGAAAAAGGGGGGGAAGCGGAAAAAAAUCUUAAGACUUGCAAGACAUUUUCAUCUUGCGAAGCAAGCCCAUAGGGAAAUUCGUCCUGCGAAGCAACUCAAAAACGGAAAACCCUUUCAUCUAGCGGGUUUUCCGUCUUGCGAGGCAUUCGUCUUGCGGGGCACCACUGUAGUCUGAUUCUUUGUCUUCCUCCACGGUUGUUAGCAUUUUCAUGCCUUUUUGUGUUCUCAUUCCUCCCUUGACCAUCUCUGAAUCUGAGGCCGGAAAGAAGGAUUCAUCAAUUUCUUCUUGCUUACUUCUUUUUUGGACCCUGGAGACUAUGUAGCUUUAGUCUGUCAGGGCUUUAGAAUUGUAUGUGUCUACUCUGCAUCAAAGUAGUCCUUAGGCAAUUAGAGACACUAAACUAUGUUGCCAUUUAGCUCCUUGGCUAGCCAUGCUCCCCAAAGUUGGUGAAUUUUUGUAAGGAUUCCUUAAAAAAAAAAUGUGUGUAAAUGCUACAUACAUGCAGAGAACUGAAUUUAUGAUUGGAAAAAUGAGAGAUUGAGAGAACCACUACUGACAGAUCCUUCUGUCCCUGCUAGUUACGAUGAGGUGGCUCUGAAAUCAGGUUUGAGUCUGUAGCACAAAUCUGGGAUUCUGGUUAAUUCUAUCCUCCUUAACCAGUACCUAUAGGUCAAACUAUAGUUUACUGUGGCUUGCAAAUCAGAGAAUUUAUUCCAUUCCCCCCCCCCACUUCUCUUUUUUCAGGACAAAGCACAAAGAAGAAAAAUAAAAGACUGAAAAAUAAAGUCAAAUCUCAGGAAUCAUCACAGACCCAGCCAAACGAGCACCUAUCAAGCACUUUUGGUACAUCUUACUCAGCUAGGAAAGGGUUUGUGGGAAGGUUGCAAAAUAUCAAUGAUACUCAUUAAAACAACAAAUAAGGUUGGUUAGCUUUGGGGGGGAAACAAAAGCUCUGCGUGUUUUAGGGUCUUUAUUGACCCAGAUUGUGGGCAAAUGUGGCAAUGCUUCCAUACUGAGGUGAAAGCAGGAUUAGGCAAAACUGGAUAUAAAACACGUGUAUAAGGGAGAAUUUCUCACUAAAAUGCUGAAAAAUGUUUGUGAGGACUUGCCAAGUUAUGUAGAAAUGUGGAUAAAUAAAUUUUCAAGACUAGAAAAAUUAUAAACUGAGAGAACCCAGCUUUUACAUAUUUGCCCAUUCUUACUUUAGGCUAACUAUUUACUUAGCUGUCUUGUUCAUCCUUGGGUGGAUAACCAGGGUAUGCAUCUUCUUAAAUAAUUGUCAGAUUUAUAUGAUCCCACCUGCUGAAGCACCUGUUGUUGUUGGCAUUCAUCUGUCUUGAGAGGCACUGGUGUGCACCUCUGGGGAUGAAGCCAGACCACUGUGUUAGCAGUGUCAAAGUGAUCUCCCCAGGGCACAAGCCUGGGCAGUGUGGAGGUCCUGGGAUCCCCAGAGGACAAGACCGUCUCAGCCUCCCUGAUAUAGUUCAAAGGAAAGCAGAGCGAUACAUUUGGCACCAGCUUGGCUGCAGGAGUUGCUGGAAGGAAGCGGACAAAGGGCCAUCCAGCUGUCUUAGGGACUCUGCUUUUGAUUUGAGCAUUUCCUUUCUAUGUAUAACAGUUAAGACAAAGUACUUAGAUCACUCCAGGGUGACUGUGUCCUACUUUACAGAGGAUGGCCCCCUGUUUGAAGGGCUGUCUGCUUCAAAAUUCUUUAAAGUUAAAGAACCAUAAAAAGGGAGAACUUCCAGAGGCCAGUGAAGUAGUUUCCCAUCAACAGUUAGCAGCAGGAUUGCAGACUUAGCAUGCAUUGCAGACUGAGCAGACUCCUGGUCACAAUCUUCCCCACUUUGUGCAAAUGUAUGUCCUCUUUUUUCCUCUUUCUGGCAAUCUGUAAGUGGUCACCCUGUUUCAUCCAUGGCUCCUUCUUCCACAGAUUUGUAUCGAAGAGCUAUGCUGGCUCUGAAAAUGCAGCCACAGGGCCGGAAGCCACAGUCUACAACCACUCCCUAAAUAAGGUGCUCCACACUUUCCCUUGGGACUGGGGAUUCAAAGUGGUACUAAGAGAACUGAAGAAACUGCAGCAGCGAGGCCAAACCUGAUUCUGAGGUGUUCCAAGCUCAUCUUUCUCUGCAAGAUGUUGCAAGGUGUUUAAAGGGGCAGGUGUUAGCAUACAGUUGGUAGUUGACGGAAAGAGCCCUCCCCAAAUGGAAAGCCAGGGAGCUUCCUGUCUGUCGCUGUUUUUGAGGGGGUUAAAUCACAUACUGGCAAAGUAAAGUUGUACAGUUAUAAGAGGUCUUGCACAACAAAUCCGCUUCCCUCAAAACACUGAACUUCUUUUGCAAUAAGGAAAGGGAAAGGCACUGGAAUGUGUGGGAUAAUGCUAGUUUUGACACAAGGAUCAUCUUAACUUUGUGGAAGCAAAUCGUCAUUAAAUAGUCAAUGGCAGCUAAUUUCCCUGCAAUGAAAUCAGGAUGAAUGCUCUACUAACAAGGCAACUGGAAGCAUCCCUGGUCUCAGAAGUAGAAGAGUGGGGUGCCUUCAGAACUCCUCCAAGUCAUUUUGCUACCUGAGGCAGAAGACAAGAUGGUGUGUCCGCUGCCCCCUAUUCUACACAAGAAGCCGAACAAGACUGGUGGUUGAAUCUCUGCCUUCAGCACUGGCAACAGAACAGUAUCUCCACCAUGCCUGAAGGUAGCAGACUUGCCGAGGGAGCACAUUGUAGGCCACAUGUGCACACAGCUCCCCAGAAUCUUGCUGCUGUUCCCUGCCUCCCAGCAUUUCCUGCCUGAGCUGGUUGCCUCAUUCUGCCUAAUAGUUGAGUUGGCCCUGGGUGGCUCUGGGGCAGCAAUGGAGAACCUUUUUUAUUUCUUUGAUGGCUAACUUUCCAUGAGCCACAUGCCAGUAGUGGGAAGAGCCAUUGCAAAAGGUGGCUCUCUCUCUCUCACCACACACACACUUAUUUACAUCCACACACAAAUACAAUUUUGCAUUCAUACACAUGAACACAUUAUACCCACAUGCAUCUAUUCUCACAUAUAGCAUACACACGUUCAAUACUUCCCUCCCUCUCUCCCAGACACUUCUGUGAAAUUAGAAUUCAACAAGAUUUGUGCUGUGUACACAUCAAAUUUUAAAGAGCAUUCUGUGCACAGCAAGUGCGGACGUUUUCCAAAUUGUCACACUACAUCAUACAUAUCCAACACAUGUUCUGAAGUUAUUCUCCACUUCUUCUCAUUCUUAUUUUAAGCUGAGAACAUUGGGGAAAUACAAUAUAAAUUUGCAUCACUCUGUUAUGUAGACAUCAGGAAGCACAUUGUGUGACUACCUAGUUGUUGGAUGGUUUCACAAUUUUUCAGGUGUGGAAAGCAGGUAGGGGCACAUUGCUUCUGGAAGCAGUAACAGACUUUUGAAGGCUAGCUGAGGGGAGGGAAUGUCAGUGAAACAAUUCUUAUCCAUCCCAUCACACCAUGACGACUGAUGUGCAUGGCAUGAACCAGCAUGUCUACCUGAAAUUGACAUUAAAGCACAAAUGUGGAGAUGAGUGUACAUAAAUGCUCACUGAGUAAAAUUCAGUUAAAAUGGCUUUUGUACACUUUAAACCAGCAAUGUGUGCAUAUGCCUUCCUGCCUCAUCCUAUGAAGAGGGAGAGUUUGCAGGAAACGUAUUUAUGAUGAAAGGAAGAAAGGAUCAAUGUUCUGGAAACCCUUAGAAAUUGCCUUAUCCUUUUUGUCCAACUGUGAUUGACAAGUGGGCACUCCCUUAGGAACAUUAACUGUACCAAAUGAUAUUUUAUUUUGUAUAUUGUAUUUCAAAACUGUUGGUUUCAUCUGUACUUUCAUAAUUUUAUUGUGUCUACUUUUAAAGUUUGUCGAUUUUAUGGAUAUUUUCUUAUGAAUAUUUUAUAUUAUUUUGUGUAAGCCAUUUAGAGAGGGUUUAUUAUUAGUAUUAUUAAGUGGGAUAUAACUCUUGUUAAAUAAAUUUAAAAAGUAAAUGUACAACUAUGGGGAGUACUCAGAGGCUGAAACAGUCUUCUGCUGGAGUACUGCCAGAGCCUCUGUGGAUUCCAUAAACCUAAAACAGCACAAUUGUGGCUUGAUUGAACAUAGAAUCAUAAAGCAGUACAGAUUGUUCCCUUCUGAAAGAAAAUUAUAUGAAAAUGAUGUAUAGAUGGUAUAUAACACCAGUACACAUAGCAAAAAUGUAUAAAACCAGCUCUUAACAUUUGCUGGAAAUGUAAAGAAAAAGAAGGGACUUUUUAUCAUAUGUGGUGGGAAUGUAAAGAAAUUUUAAAAACUUUGGGAAAUGAUAUAUAAUGAAUUGAAGAAUAUGUUUAAAAUAACAUUUGUAAAAAAAAAACAACCAGAAGCAUUUUUGUUAGGGAUUGUAGGACAAGACCUGCCAAAGAAAUAAGGAACUUGUUUAUGUAUGCUACAACAGCAGCAAGAGUCUUGAUAGCACAAGGAUGGAAGAAUGAGGAAACCCUGACAAAAGAACAGUGGCAAGAGAAAUUGAUGAAUUAUGCAGAACUGGCUAAAUUGACAUACUAACUGCGAGACGAGGACAACUGUGACUUUAAGGAGGAAUGGGAACUUUAUACAAAUUAUUUAAAAACACAACAAAAUGAACUGGACUCCUUGGCAGGUUUUGAAUUAAACAUGCACAAAUUUAUUGUUGAUAAAAUGAUGGAAAGAUAUGUAAGGAUAUAUACAAUUUUAUAAUAUGCAGAGAAAAUAUGUGCAGUGAAACCAGGAAGAGGAGCUGAGGGAAAUCCUGGGGGGGGGGGGGGGAAUUAUGUAGGUGAUUAUAUGGUUUGAUAAUUUGUUAUGUGGAAAUUGAGCAAUAAAAAAAUAUAUUUUUUUAAAAAAAGAAUCAUAAAGCGGUAGAGUUGGAUGGGACACCAAUGGUAAUCUAGUCUAACCCACUUCAAUGCAGGAAUCUCAACUAGAUCAUAUAUGACAGAUGGUCAUCCAACUUCUGCUUAAAAAAGCUUCCAAGGAAGAAGAGUCUAC